AUGAACGCGCUAAUUGUGUUUUUGUCGCCAUCUAAAGCCGUAAACGAGCCAGGCGUACAAUAUCAGUGCGAUUCGUGCACAUGUGACCUAACUCAUACAAUUCGAAUUAAAUGUGCUGAUCCCGAAUGCGAGCCUGGAGACGGAGUCGACCUUUGCCCUGCGUGUUUUUGUGCUGGAAAGGAAUUUGGAAAGCAUAAGAGAUGGCAUAAAUACCGCGUCAUUGAAAUGAAUUCUUAUCCCAUAUUCACGGAGGACUGGGGAGCUGAUGAGGAGCUUUUAUUGUUAACGGGGAUAGUCAGCCAAGGCAUAGGCAACUGGAAAAAGAUAUCCGAACAUGUUGGUACCCGGACAAAGGAAGAGGUGGAGAAGCACUAUAAUGAAGUAUAUGUGGACUCACUGGACUGGCCCUUACCACGCAUGGACCUCCAAUUUGACAUCGGGCCUGAAGAGUUCCAAGAUCGAAAGCGAAGGAGAAUAUCAAAGAUGAACAGCGACGUACCCCCCCCUCCGAAGGUAGCACCUACUUCAGCCCCUGGCGUCCACGAAAUCGCCACGUUCUUGCCUGGACGACUUGAAUUCGAACAUGAACUUGACAACGAAGCAGAGGACCUGGUGAAGGACCUGGAGUUUGGCCCUCCGCCUCUUGAAACUAAAGACUCCUUUACUUUCAAAUUAACCCUCCUUGAAAUGUACUUCCAGCGAGUUGAGAAACGGUUGGAGAACAAAGGCUUUAUGUUUGACAGAGGGCUGCUCGAAUACAAGAAGAUGCAAGCUGCUGAGAAGAAGAGGCCGCGAGAGGAAAGAGAGCUUCUUCAUCGUCUGCGUCCCUUCGGAAGACUGCAAUCCUCUGAAGAUUACGAGGGCUUUGCAGCCGACAUGCUGUAUGAGGCCAUCCUUCGCAAGCGAAUACAAGAACUCCAGCACUACCGAAGGCUUGGGUUGUGCACACAGGCCGAUGUAGAAAAGUAUGAGGUCGAUCUAGCGAAGCGGGCAGCCUUGCGUCCUUUGGUGGGGACUCCGAUGAUCGCAAGUCGCGAGAGCCAACCCCAAGGCUGGGUCCUGGCCCUAGCUCAGCACCACCAGUUCGAAAACCCCGUAAGUAACUUUAGUCAUGAUCGACAUAUGUUAAUCCGCCACUGCGCAGCCGCACCCCUUAACCUCGCCAACAGCCCCUCACUCCACUUACUCACCCCGGCAGAACAAACUCUGUGUUCCCAACUUCGGAUUCUCCCCAAACCGUACCUUGUCAUCAAAGAAAUCCUGGUUCGCGAGUAUGCGCGUAGAGGUGGGAAGCUACGACGACGAGAAGCUCGUGAUUUGGUCAAGAUCGAUGUCACCAAGACGAGUCGCGUUUGGGAUUUUCUCGUCCAGGCUGGAUAUCUCAAGAUCACUACCGAGCCUGCAGUCACCACUGCGCAAGCACCAUCAUCUACGCCCGCUGGUUCUCAAAAUCAAGAUGCUGGGUAUGGUUCGGCCUUUCUAAUUCCCGCCAUCUGA